GGCCGGGAUCGAGGCCCGGGAGGGAGGCCCGGGAGCGGGGCCCGGGCGGGCGGGAGGGCGCGAUGUCGGGGCUCCUGCACACCACGCUGAGCGGGCUCAACAGCGACUCGUACUGCGAGAUCAGCCAGUACCGCGACCAGCACUUCAGGGGCAGCAGGCAGCUGCAGGAGAAGUCCCUGAAGAUCUCCUCCACGCUGUACGUCGGCAACCUGUCCUUCUACACCACCGAGGAGCAGAUCCAGGAGCUCUUCUCCAAGUGCGGGGAUGUCAAGAGGAUUGUCAUGGGUCUGGACAAGAUCAAGAAGACCCCCUGUGGCUUCUGCUUUGUCGAAUACUACACGAGGGCAGAUGCCGAGCACGCCAUGCGGUUCAUCAACGGCACGCGGCUGGACGACCGCAUCAUCCGGACCGACUGGGAUGCUGGGUUCAAGGAGGGGAGGCAGUAUGGGAGAGGAAAGACUGGAGGACAGGUGCGAGAUGAGUACCGGACAGACUACGAUGUGGGAAGAGGUGGCUUUGGCAAGAUCAUUCAGAUGCAGAAGGCAAAUCACCAGCCUGCAAUCUAUUAACUGCUGUGUGGUUCCUAGGUCAUAGAGGGCUCUGUCCUUCCAGAGCUAGCCCUGUUGUCGCAUUUGGGAUCGGGGUAUGGAGUGAGAUCCAAGUUCCAGCAAAAGGUGGCCCUCCUUAGACUGUGGAUAUACAUGUAUUCAUUCUCCCUUCCUUCUGAGCUAGAGAGGAUGUUCUGUGCUGAUACGGGGCAACAAGGGAAAAAAAAAGGACAGCUCUGCAGGAUUCUGGGCAAGAAGAAGUGCAGCAUGUCACACACACCUUAUGCUAUGACAUCCUCUUCAUGUUGCAGCUAAAGCAGGUGGCUUCCUCCAAGCUGCAACUGCAGCCAUGGUUGCUUUCAAAUGGGACAUUUUAAGAGCUUAGCACCAUCUGAGCCCUCCAGGUGCCUCGUGGGGAUGCACAAGAGAUUCAGGUUUCUGAUUUACAACCUCACCUGCUUAAAAAGCAGUAUCACUGUUUGGAUGAGAGACGUGGAACAAGUCUUAUUAUCCACUUGGAGGUGCUUGUCUGCACAUCUAGCCCUUUGUUUGGUCAGGGCCUGCAGAGCAUUUCUCUUUGUGAUGCCCCAGCGCUGCCUGGCUUUUCAGAUCCUUGCUGUUCAGUGUGAUUUUGUUAAAAAGUUUCUGUUAAUUUUUUAAAUAAACAGUUGUAUUGGCUCUGGCUGAGGUGAAGGUAAUUUUACCCCAGCAGCCCUCAUGGACCUGUGCUUUGUAUUGGUAGCUAGAAAGCUGGUUGAUAACACACCAGUGUUUUGUCUACUGCUGAGCAGUGUUCCCACAGCAUCAAGGCUAUCUCUAACAUUCUCCCCUCACCAGCAGGCUGGGGGGGGGGGGGCAAGAUCUUGGGAGGGGGCAGAGCCAGCACAGCUGACCCAACCUGAGCAAUGGGAUAUUUUGCUCAGCAAUAAAAGCUAAGAGAAAGGAGAAGGGGGACAUUCCUUAUGAAAACAUCUUUCUUCUGGAGCAGCUGCUGUGUGUACUGAAGCCCUGCUUCCUAGGAAGUGGCUGGACAUCUCCUGCUGGUGGGAAAUCAAGAAUAAAUAUUUAGUUUUCCUUUGCUUCCACAGGCGACCUUGCUUUUGCUUGAUUAAACUGCCUUUAUCUUGA